AUUUCAGUUGACUGGCAUUGAGUAAAAUGGAAGCUCUUGGAUCAGUCCAGCAGAAAGUGUCUUGUGUGUUUGAGACAACAGUGUUGAAUGAGCAGUCAACUAAACGGGAAAAUCAGUUUUACAAGGUUGUUGCAUCAGAGAGGAUCAAACAGAAGGCUAUAGAUAAUGAUAUUCAUACAGCUCUAGUCACUGAGAAACUGGAUGGAACCUGUGUCUAUAUUUCACAGUUUGAAGGCAAACCAUGGCUUUGGGCAAGAUAUGACAGAAAACCAACAAAAGGGGCUGAGAAAAGGUUCAAGAAAUUUCAACACCAGAAACAGAAACAACAGGGGUCAGAUGACAGGUCGAACAAAGCUAGUCAGUUUCAGUGGGACAUGGAUAAAGACUUUAAGGAAACACCGGAAUACUGGAUCCCAGCUUCAGGAGUUGAGAUCGUAGCUGGAUCUCCUGUACCAGAUGAUAUAGGUCACACUCCAGGCUGGGUACCAGUUAGUCCAUCAUCAAGACAACAAUGCUGGCACCUGUCAGCAGUAGAUCUGAACCUUGGUCUGGCCCUUGUACUAAGGGAGAUAGAUGACAGUGAUGAACUGUGUAUAGAUUGUCUACACAUGUCAGAACUAGAGGGACACACAGCAGAACUUAUUGGGACCAAUAUAAAUGGAAAUCCAUAUGGGAUUGGUAGUAAGAAGUUCCCAAUCCAUUUCUUGGUAAUACACGGGUCACUUAGGAUCAGAACUCGACCAGAAAUCCAGAUGGAGGCGAUUAAAAUGUGGUUUCAAAAUGAGGGUCAAGUUGAAGGACUUGUUUGGCACUGUGCCAAUGGUACACUGUUUAAGCUUCAUCGCAACCAUGUUGCAUUACCAUGGCCAGUAGAAUCACCAACCUUGACCAGACAGCGUGUAUCAGUUGCCGUGGAUACCACAAAUUACGAGUUAGACAACAAUGACAGUUUGAUAGCACAGUUUGGAAAAGUGUACGGUCAUACAUGUGAAUCAGUGAAAGACUUGAAAAAUUUAUUUAUGUCAGAGGAACAUGUCUCAACUGGAGUCGGUCCUCAGGAACAGAUUGGUUUCCAGACAAAAAUUAAUGUUACCAUGUCUUAGCAAAGGGAAUAUAUCUUGUAAUAUGUUUUGUAUUGUUAUAUCUUAUUGUUGUCAAGGUUGAUACUAAACAGGCCUUGCAUUUUUCAGGACUGGUCUAGUUUUCAGGCUCUUUGGCAGACAGAAUUUCCCUAUAUAAUUCAAUAAAAAGAAAAGAAAAUUU